GUUUGAGUACACGACCCGUUUCUCUUCUCCAAGGGGGAACACGACUUCCACGGUUGAUUGGAGUUCGUUUUUUGGGGAAACGGCGUGUGAUUGUGGAUGACUCUCUAAAGGAUCUGACAAGUCGACCAACGAACUAUGUUGAAUUGAACCCAUAUAAUAAAAUACGAGUUAUGUCCAAACGGUCCUAUCUUCCGGUUUCACACAUCUCAAAGGCGCUCUGUACAAGGGACAAUGGUGAUUUCCUAUUGAAAGAUGAAGAGGGGCGUGUGCACCGGUUUUCUGACGAACGAGAUAUUAUUAUUCCCUACUCUAUUGCGGAACCGUAUUUGACUCGAUGCAAGAAGCAGUGUCGCUGCGUAGAAAUCGAUCCUGAAGUAGCUCCAUCAACUCCUUCAAACAUGGGCAACAUGGUGAAGCGCCGGUCUGUCUUUAGUGUGAUAGGUGAAAUGGAUCAUGGGAAAACGACUUUGUUGGAUACGUUUCUCCAUACUUCCUAUCAAAAGCAAGAAUUUGGAGGAACCACGCAGAUUAUCCGAGCCAAUGACAUGCAGAUCCCCUACAAAACAGCCUCAGGCGAGACUGCAUUGCAUCCCUGUACCUUUCUCGACACGCCUGGCCAAUCUUGCUUUUCGUUUAUUCGAGAAAAUGGCAGCAUUCUCUCGGACCUGGCGCUCUACAUCGUGUCUUUGUACGAGGGACCUUCCGAGGAAGCUCGCUCCAUCUUUCAGCAGAUGAAAGAGAACAAAACGCCCGUGAUCGUGGUGUUUACGAAGAGCGAUUUGGUUUCGAAUCUGCGGAGAGAGUCCGUGAAGCAGUCGAUUCUCGAAUUGGCUGCUUCGUUUCACGUUCCCAUUUGUUUCUGCGUUACCCACGAGGGAAUCGAGCAGCUGCAGCAGCGAUUGGUCGAAUUGGGUCAACGGCAGCAGCCCAGCGUGCCCAUCGAUUGUCCUGCGGAAGCCACGGUGUUGGACAGUCUGGUGAUUCCUUCGCAGGGCAUUGUGUUCCGCGCGCUGGUCCAGCAGGGCUGUCUGUCGCUUCGGAACAACUUCAUUUGUGGCAUGUACACUGGACGAGUGCGAAAUCUGAUCGAUCUGCACAGCAAUCCGGUGCAGAAAGCGCUGCCCGGAAUGGUGGUGAACGUUCUGGGCGCUCGAAAAUUGCCCGCGUUCUUGCGGAAGAAGCCGCAGCUGCUGCCUGCGGGCGAUACGCUGUUUGUUCGAACACCUGAUGAAAUCAAAGCGAUUUGGGAUCAGCGAUUGCUGGAGUUUUCCUUCCGAGCCAGCGCAGGAAGAGGAUUUGAAUGAAUCUGAGGGAUUUAAGGAAUCAUUCGAAUCAUUCGAAUCCAAUGAGUCAAUUCAAGGAAAUGAAAUGAAUAAAUUGGGUCAAAAGGACCAACAACCCUAUCCAAUGGAGUUUGAAAACGCGGAAGAUCGUCCGGUUUUAUCCAAUCGGCGUGUGGAAAUCAUCGAUGGAGAGGAGUAUGUGGAGGUCAAAUCGCAAUCUGUGAUCGCUGUGGCGGAUAAUGCGAACAGCAUGGCGAUUCUGCUUGACCAGCUGAAUGCAAAGCCGAAUAUGAACAUUGUUCGAACGCGUGUGGGUCAGAUUACCGAUAAGGAAAUUCGGCUCUGCAGAGAAUCCGACGUGAAGUUGGUGUCGUUCAAUGUGGCUUUGCCUCCUAAGAUCGUGCUGAGCGAGAAGAAGUUUAUCUAUUCGCGGUUGAUGAACGAGCUGAUUGAUAAGUUGAACGUGGCAUUUGGAAAGAAGGAGUAAAGUCUUUUAGUGGAA